UAAUCAUGCUAGCUUUCUGUAUUGUGCUUCUUUGUCGCGGAUUCUUCUGGUUAGACGCAGAGAAAAGGAUUGACAUGUUAGAUAAGUGAAAUUGUUGUCGAUGAUUAUGGAACUUGGAAGCUGAAUUGUCCUUACUUGUAGUAAGGUUUCACCAUCUUAAGUUGCAAACAUGGUGGAUGGAUCAACGCAUCCAUCAGUUUUUCAGAAGAUGUAUGGGCAAUCCCAUCUUGUCUCUAAGCUGUCUCCAGGCUUACAAAGCAGGAAUGGGACUGCUUGCUUUGACGUUGGUUUCCAGUCUCCCUUGCAUUACACUAUGCAGGGAGCUGGCUUGGCAGUUCUCCCCAACCAUUCCCCCAUCUUUGUUCAAGCACCCUCUGAGAAAGGCUUUGGUGCCUUCAUGAUUGAUUUCCUCAUGGGUGGCGUCUCUGCUGCCGUUUCCAAGACUGCAGCCGCUCCUAUUGAGCGUGUUAAGCUCCUGAUUCAGAAUCAGGAUGAGAUGAUUAAAUCUGGCCGUCUUUCUGAACCUUAUAAGGGAAUUGGUGACUGUUUUGCAAGAACCAUGAAGGACGAGGGUAUGAUUGCCCUUUGGAGAGGCAACACUGCUAAUGUUAUCAGAUACUUCCCUACUCAGGCUCUGAACUUUGCAUUCAAAGAUUACUUCAAGAGGUUGUUUAACUUCAAGAAGGACAAGGAUGGUUACUGGAAAUGGUUCGCUGGGAACUUGAUGUCUGGUGGAGCAGCUGGUGCCUCAUCUCUUCUGUUUGUUUACUCCUUGGAUUAUGCCCGAACACGCUUGGCCAAUGAUGCAAAGGCAGCUAAAGGGGGUGGCGAGAGGCAGUUCAAUGGUUUGGUUGACGUUUACAGGAAAACCAUUAAAACUGAUGGAGUUGCUGGAUUGUACCGUGGUUUCAACAUCUCUUGUGUUGGAAUCAUUGUGUACCGUGGACUCUACUUUGGCAUGUACGACUCUCUUAAGCCUGUGGUUCUCACUGGUGAUUUACAGGAUAGUUUCUUGGCAAGUUUCUUGCUCGGAUGGGGUAUUACGAUCGGAGCCGGACUGGCAUCUUAUCCAAUUGAUACCGUGCGUAGAAGAAUGAUGAUGACAUCAGGUGAAGCUGUGAAGUACAGCAGCUCGCUUGAUGCGUUCAAGCAGAUUGUCCAGAAAGAAGGCACGAAAUCACUCUUCAAGGGUGCUGGUGCGAACAUCCUUCGAGCAGUGGCAGGUGCAGGUGUGCUGGCUGGUUAUGAUAAGCUGCAGCUGAUCGUCUUCGGCAAGAAGUAUGGAUCUGGUGGCGGCUAAUUUGGUAGAUCGUGGUAUUCAAGGGCAUAGGGAGUGAACAAUUAUGAUGAUGAGAAAUUAGAAUGCAUGUCUAGGGGUCAAUUUCGAAAGUACGAAUAAUUUUUUAUGGAAUCACGUACUUUUGUUGCUAUCCCAGUACUUGCUGUGCUUUUUUUUUACGAUGGAAUCAUCUCAAGAAAUGGUUACAGUUCAUAUUACAUUAUUGCAUAGGAGAGGAGGUCAAGAAUAGUAGAUGUAGAUUUG